UGGUUUCACGACGUUAUAUAUCGAUCAGUUGGUCGUCCAAGUUUUGAAGCAAGAUAUAUAUAUAUAUAAUUCAGCGUUUGAGCCUACGCUUGCCCUAGAAGAUCAUCGUCUUCUUGAAGCUGGUGAAAUUAGAGAUCAGGUUGUGAGAUCAGAGACGGGAUCGAUUCAAUGUCAACGGCGUCGUCUCAUCAGGCUAUUAUGAACCAGCAGAGCUUGUUUUAUCAGGAGGAGCAGCAGCAGCAGGAUCAGAUGGGGAUGCUUUCUACUUUCCCUGUAAAUCUGGGUUUGAUCAAUUUUCCUUCUAUGGCUCCUUAUUAUUGCCAUAAUAAUCAAUUACCAGCUUUGAAAUCCUUCAGUGACAUAUCUGCUUCUUCUUCUUCAUCACUCGCACUAUCUGAAGCAGUUUCUUCUACUAAUAAUAAUACUACUCCAACUCCAAAUCUCACACCUGAAACCCAUAUCUCCUUCUCACCUCAUAAGCCAAUCAGAGAAGACAUCACUCAACUCCUUUCCCUCCAUAGAUCCGGUCUAAUUAAUCCAUGGGCAUGGGGAGAAGAGAGUGACUUUAAGAGAAGCGAAGGAGAAGUUCAUCAUCAUCAUCAUCAACUUGGGGUUUCUGCCAUGAAGAUGAAGAGAUCAAUGAAGGGAAGAAGGAAGGUGAGAGAACCCAGGUUUUGCUUCAAGACACUGAGCGAUGUGGACGUGUUAGACGAUGGUUAUAAGUGGAGGAAGUACGGCCAAAAAGUCGUCAAGAAUACUCAUCAUCCCAGGAGCUAUUAUCGGUGCACACAGGAUAACUGUAGGGUGAAGAAGAGGGUGGAGAGGCUAGCAGAGGAUCCAAGGAUGGUGAUAACAACGUACGAAGGGAGGCAUGCUCAUUCUCCUUCCAACGAUCUCGAAGAAUCUCAGACCUCUUCUUCUCAGCUUACCAGUUUUUUGUGGUAGCUAUAUCUAUAUACACCUUAUAGCCACCUGCCCAAGCUAGCUUUGUACACAAACAAAUACAUAUAAUGGUUAUUGUUCUUCAUUAUGUACACCAAGAUGAUGAUCGUAUGGCUAGGGGGGUGUGCUUUGUGGAGAUGAAGAUGGAGAGAGAUAGAGAAGAGACCAUUAAUGAGAUUUAUGUGUAUGAGAAGUUUGAAUUCUGAACGCUUAUCUUUUGUCAAAUUCUAUCUUCUUUUAUAUAUAUAUAUAUAUAUAUAUAUAUUCUCAUUCCUUUA